UAUUUUUUCCGUUUUCGAUUUCGAUUUUCUUAAAAAACACUGCAUGACAAAGAGAAAGUGCUCUCGAAUUAUAAGCUGAAACCAUAAAAACCAUGGCAUUAGAAGAGGUGAAGAGUAUGCUCAGAGCAGUUCUUAUGAGCUGCAAAGAGGGUGUCCCAGCUCACAUAUUACAAAGGGACUACCGUGAAAUCACACAGGAACCCCUGCCCUUUAAGAAGCUUGGUUUUUCUAAUUUGGACGAAUUUAUCAACAGUAUACCUGAUGUUGUCAAAGUCAGAAGGAACAAGCAGGGAGAAAUUGUCUACCAUGCUGUUGCUAACGAAGAAACAGCCCACAUACAGUCUAUGGUAGCCAAACAAAAAGGAACAAAGAAAAAGAAAAAACUCAAGCCUGCAGUCAGGAGACCAAUCAGAAGAUCAGAGCCAUUUAAGCCUUUUACACAAGGAGGAGUUGCAAGACCCCCACCCAGAGGAAAACCUCCACCUUGGGCACAGAGACCCUUCCAAGGGUCAAUGAAUCACACACCUUAUCGAGCAAGACCUCCAUUAUUAGGGAAAUCACCACUCAAUAUACAGGUUAACACUAGUGAUGAAAGCAGACGUCAGGUGACAGUAAACAGAGCAUUCAGUGCUGCGUUGGUUGCUGCGACAACAGAAACACGUGUGCCAGACACAGGCCAAUAUGGUCGCAGGUAUGAGAUUCCCCCUCGAUUUCAAAAAAUACAGGAAGGCAAAGAAAAUGUUCCAGUAGAGAAUGUUAAUGCCAGCAGGCAAAAACAGGAUAAUGCCAGUAAGCAAAAACCAGUUUCAAAACCACCGAUGAGGCAGAAGAAAAUUAAUUUUGAAAAAGUCCCAGAUGGAGAAAGAUAUAUGGAGGCAUUAAAGAAAUAUGCAAGAGAUAAUAAUAUUUCACUCAACUUUGACCCUAUGCCCAUGAAAGGAGCGAAUAACCCUGGUUUUGUCAGCUCUGUCAUCAUCAAUGGGAAACGCUAUGGAAGUGGAGAUGUAUAUGGUAGCGUUGAGGAUUCUGACUUUGCCGCGGCUCGUACCGCUGUCGAGAGUUUGGGUCUUCUUUCUAUGUCAGGAGAGAACACCUCACGUACACAAAGUCCACUUGCAUCAGAAGCCCAGAUCAAGGAGCGAGUCAGAGAAAUGCUGAAUGAUGUUUUACUAUUGGUAAAGGGAAAGAAUAAUGGAAUCUGGGACACACGCCUGGAAGUAAUGUACAGAGAACAGUACAACGAGGACCCUCCCCCAGACCUUGUAUAUUACAUAGAGAAAUGGCCAGAUAUAGUCAGGGUAGAGGCAUGUACACUAACAGGUAGAAACAGACUUUAUCCAGUGACUGAGGAACAAGUCAAAGGAGACCAUGGGGUCCCCCUGUCCCUCCCUAGACCAAUCACAACACAAGCUGGAGGAGAUGCUUCCCAACAAAAUGGCACACUGACAGCACCACCCGAAAAAGCACCUGCUCAUCCAGUAGUCAGUCAAGAGAUCAAAGAGUUAAAAGUACCAUCUGGAGAAAAUUUACCUAUUGGGGAGAAGGUGUCCGUUUACAUGACCUAUUUGGGAGAUGAUGGGAGUUUCUGUGUUCAGCAUGAAGAUAGUGCCAUUUUUGAUAUUACAGAAAUAAUUGACAUAGUAGCUAAUGGCCCUGUUCCUGAACUGGAGGAUUUAGAGCCAGGGAGGUUUAUUGCUGCUCUGUACAACACUGGGUCAGAAGAACUGUGGAGCAGGGCUGAGAUACUCAGUAGGGAGGGGACAACAGUUGAUGUCGUAUUCAUUGACUACGGAAACAGAGCCACCUGUAACCAGAACGUCACCAGAUUUCUGACAGAGGAGCUGGCACGGUAUCCCAUACAAAUGAUCUUCUGUUAUCUCUAUGGAGUGGCCCCUUUAGAGGGUGAAGAGGGCUGGUCUAAAAAUUUUAAAGAGAAGUUUGCAGAGAUGGUCACAGAUCAGAAGCUGACUGCCACUACGAGAGAAAUUUUAAGUGAUGGUACACAUACUGUUGACCUCUUCCUUUCUGAUGCCACGACGAGUAUCAAUGACAGAUUAGUCUCUGAAGGCAUACUCAGAAAGUUAACAGAGGAGGAGCAGGAAGAGGCUUCACUCAUUGGUGAACCAGAGGAGUUGGAGUUACCUUCAGAUAAUCAAUGGGAUGUCUAUGUAUCCUAUAUCCUCACCAGUACAACCUCAGUCAUGAUCAGACUAGUGGGGGAAAACUACUCAGACAAACUGGAGGACCUAGAGAGGAAGCUGGAGGAAGCUUUCCACUCCGCUCCUGAGGAUGUGGAAAUUAAUGAGGGACAGGUGUGUGUGGCAUACCUGGACGAGUUGUUCCAUCGUGUCAGGGUCAUCAAGAAGGAGGAUAAAAAGUAUGAGUGUUACUUUUUGGAUCAUGGUGAUGUAGAUGGAUUGAUUCCAGACCAACUCCGAAUUCUGGAUCCAAACAUCAACAAACUUCUCCCCUACCAGGCCUUUGAGGUCUCUUUAGAUGGUUUAGAAGCCUAUGCAGGAAAUGUAACUGCUCCAGAGAAAUUAUGUGACAUGGCACUAGGUAAAACUCUGGUGGCAGAGGUCACAGCCAGAGAUGGAAUUUUUUCUGUUGUAUUAUAUGACACGCAAGGCGACACAGACGUAAACAUUAACCAAGAAAUCCUAAAAGCUGUACAGCUUGAAGCGGAGACAUCACUGCUUGCUGCUGCCGGAAGUAACCCCCAGUCCACUGAGUCGUCCCCCCUUCCACAGCGUAGAACCACUGAAUUAUCAACCCAGCCAAACACAAGUCCCCAAUCUCUCUCUCCUAAAAGACAACCUCAGAACUCAGUGACAAGUAAUACUCAAUCAACAUCUGUACAAGUUCCCAAAGAGUCUGAGCCUCUAAAGAAGAAUUCAAGAGACGGAAAGGAAGGAGGAACAGAUUCCUGGGAAACAGAGAGCGGUGAGGGAUCCUGGGAAACAGAAGAGGAGGAGGUGCUAGAGGGAGCGGUGUCCAGCAAAAGAAAACCCGUGUCAUCUGGUGCGGUACCGAAAUCCACACAAAAUAAAACCUCAGACAGAAAAAAAUUACAUAAUGUGAUAGAAAAGAGUGGGGAAAAAAUCCAGAUUAGUGGUCCGGUGAAAGAAAUGACUCAAGGAUUAUCUAGUCUAACCACACAAGAUACUGUGAUAUCAGACUCUCCUUUGGCUUCAGAGGCUUCAGCUCAGGACCAGGGGACACAGAAUCUCUACACAUGGAGAAGUUCAGGGAAGCCUCCAGAAAAAGUGUCAUUUAAUCAUCCAUAUGAAAAUGAUGAAAUCGCCUUAAUGCAUACCGAAGUUUAUAAUACACGCCCAGUGCCAAAGACUUUUGUGACUCCACCAAAGGGGGAAUACCUUGACAUCCAUAUAAUAAAUAUAUUCGAUCCAACAAACUUUGUGUGCAUACCUUUCCAACAUAUGACAGAGUCAGAAAAACUGCUGAAUGAAAUGUUAGAAUAUUUCAAUUCCCAAAAAAGUCUGACUUUAAAGGAUUCAGACUUGGUGGAAGGACAGAUGUAUGCUGGAAAUAAAGAUGAUAUGUGGUAUCGGGUUGUAGUCAAAAACAAGAUCACCUCCAGAAACCUUGCUUCGGUGUACCUGUGUGACUGGGGAGAGUUUACCAUUAUGAGUGUAGAGGCAAUAAAACCUCUUCCUUACUGCUUCACCAAACUCCCACAACUGGCAUUCAAAGGAAAACUUUACGGGGUGAAGCCAGCAAAAGACUCUCACAUGUGGAGUGAAGCUGCAAAGUAUAAAUUUAUCCAGAUGGCUCACAACCGCAGCCUUGUGGCUCUGAUUUGUGGGAAGGAGGAGGUGGGGGGACAAGAGCUGGUGUCAAUGAGGCUGAUGGACACAUCAGAUCCAGAUAAGGAUGUCUGUCUGGAUGAAGUACUCCUAGAGAUGGGGGUGGCAGAAAAAGUCCGGUUUACUUCAUAAUCUACAGAACUGGUCUUGGAAUAGAGCAGUUCAAUUACUGAUGGAAUUGAGCAGAUACUAUCAGUGUUUAACCCUGUAUUUUACAUUAAAAUGAGUUUUAUACUGUGUAAAAGUUAUAUAAUAUUGUGUCUAUAGCAAAAUAUCCAAUUUUCUUUAAAUUUAAUGAAAACAUGUAGAAUAGUAUCAAAACACUGGACUUUAUGCAUUUGUAUGCCAUUUAUUUUACAAGCACCGUUUAUGUUUUAAAUUGAAGGAACUUUGAUCCCAAGCAAGAUUGAAAUUGUAGGUACACAUACCACUUAUAUUAAUGGUGUGUGUAUAAGUUACCAAAUAUAAUACUGUAUACAGAGGAGGCUAAAAGCUUAGCUUUUAACACAUUACUGAGGAAUACUUCAGACUUUUGCAGUAAAGUUUUAUAUUUAAAGAGAAAACUGCUUUUGAAGUCAUUUUAAAAAUGAGUGUUUAGAUAUUAAUACUUUGUAUUGUUUGAUGUUGAAACAUAAUAUGUAUAGAAAUUUGGCAACUACAUAUACAUAAGAUUAAUUGUCACUAAAAGUGCAGUUGCUUGAACAGUUUUUUCAUCUGGGACUGCAGCAUGACUUAUUUCUUUUGCUAUACUGUUGCAAAUUUGUUGAUGAAUUAAAUUUUAAAACUUUAA